CACCGGCAUGUGGGUUGCCCGUGGGGCGGCGGCGGCGGUGGGCGCGGCGCGGCGGGCGCGGGAGGCCGUGGUGCCGCCAUGGUGCCGGGCCCUGCACAGCUCUGCCGCCCUGGGCGGCUCCAGGAACCUGCUGAAGAAAAUGCUCCGCAAAAAGAAAAAGAAGUUUUGGUAUGACAGCCCUACCCUGGGAUCAAAAAUGAUGUAUAAACCAUCUGAGUUGGCCUCUGUGAAGAGAGAUGACCAGACAAAAUUUAGGAAAGAAGAUAACAUGCGCUGCAGAGUCUUGAAUGGUCUUAUUCAUAAAGCUGUGGCAGAGAUGUUGAUGACCUGUGAAGUUAAUCAAGAACUUUAUGAUCUCAAACUAGAAAUCUGCAAGGUGUCCCUGGCAUCAAACUUCUCAGCAUGUCGUCUGUACUGGAAUCCUGCUGCUACUAUGAAGAGUGAAAGUUAUGUUGAAAGUGUACUGCAAAAGAGUGCUCCACGUAUACGGUAUCUUCUGUCGAGUCAGCAGAUUCUAGGAAAUGUACCCCCAAUAGUAUUUGUGAAAGACAAAGAAGCUGCAGCUGUAAAAGAGAUUGAGGAAUUAUUGUCAAUUGCUGAUUUCGGACCUCCAGAAGAAGUAGAAUCAUCUCAAAAUGAAUCUAGCAAACUGAUCUCUUCAGCAACACAGUCUUCAGAUUCACCCAUGCGGUCUAAUCUUUUUGGUAUUGAUCAUGAACUACUGAAUAAGCAGAUAAUGGAAUGCAAAAGACUGAAAAUGUCAAGAGAUACAGAAAGCAUUGUCUGGACAGAAGAGCAGCAGCAGCAGCUUUCUAAGAUUCAGAAGAAAAUUAAAAAGAAAAAUAAAAGGGAUCCUGAUAAUGCCAUUACACCACAGGAAUACUUACUGGACAGAUACGAAGCUGAUUACUGGGAUGCUAACUCUGAUUCAGUUUCAGACUGUGAGCUGGAGGAUGAAUUACAGGAAGAGGUAAACGAAUUGGAGAUGGAUGAUGACGAAAGUCAGCAUACUAAUAAACUGAAAUGAAGAGAAAAAACCCACUCCUUUUAAAAUGGAGGCUGCCAACAGCAAAAAAAGAGACUGCCAUAGAUACUGAAAGAUUAGUUUUGUGCAGCCUGUUUAUCACUUCCUCCUUCAAACUACUAGGUUUGCCACACUUGGAGAGGUUUGCUAGGACGAGGUAAAGAAAGAAGCUGUUUGUGAGAUUCUGUUAAACAGCUUUCAAGCUGCUGCAGUUGUAGGACUUUAAAUCAGAAAAGAAAAAAAGGUACACAGAGCAGUUCUGAGGUAAAACUUCUUGCAGUACCAUUGGCUAUUUCCAAUAAAAUGAUGGUUUCUGUUUUGAAAUAUACUAAUUUUUUCUUUCUAAACUGGUUAAAAAUAAU